AUGUUCGACGAGCAGCUUCACCUUCCGCCCCAAGCCUCUACAGGCACAGUAUUGGAGACCGACCUAUCGCGCGAUACUCCCGCGAUGAUAUUUGACCAUUGGUUGGUAGACGUGGAACAGUCGGCAAUCAUCGUGGUGAGUAGCGUGACUUUGACCAACCCCGACAGCCUCCAGAAUUGUGUGGGCAAGAUGUCUUUCCAAAUUUGCUUCGAGAAAGAAUGA